GCGUGCUUGUGUUGGUGGGUCCGUGUGUGUGUGAUUUUAUUCAUAGCAGUAGAAGAAACUGAAUUUGCUCGCUGUGCGACCUAAAAACGAAAAACAGAAAAACCAAGAAAAGAAAAGCUAGCACGCAAUAUCACUCCAAGCCCCAGAUAUAUUCACAAUCUGCGGGUUUAAAAUACAAUUUUUUUUACAUAAUUUAGCAUGCAUAUAUAGCUUGCACAUACCUACAUGUGUAUGUAGGUACAUAUGUAUAUGUAUACGAGCAUACAUAUACAUACAUACAUUUAUAUAUAAAUUUGUGUGUCUUGCGUAGGUUCGAACGCAUGCGAAUAAAGCAAAGAAAAACCACACCGUAUACGGAACAAAAGUGCGGAAGACGGCUGUUGUGUGCAUGUGUGUGUGUGUCUGCUGGUGUGUGCGCUGCUUGCUGACACCGCGAGUGUGUGAAAUAUAAUCAGAAAUAAAAGUGAAUUUUUUCUUAAGUUGCUGGUUCUACAGUUUAAUCAAAGACAUUUACAAUAGGGUUGAUCGAAAUAUAAAAGGGAAAGACGCAUAUCUUGGCAGAAGCACCAGCAGUGGCUAUAGGAGGUGCAGGAAGCAACUUGCACAGCCAUGGCAGAUACGGAUACGGUGGCAGUAGCAGCGAGUGGCACAUCCUCAUCGUCCUCCAAAAAGAAGUACAGAAACAAGAAGAAACAGCAACACCAACAGCAGCAGCAACAACAACAACGUAAAUCUAUCGUUGAAGAUGGCCGAGGAGAUGAAGAUGAGCAGCCCAAUGGCCAUGACAGCGAUGCGGCAAAGAUUGUAGCCCUGGAUGGCGCAAUGCAGCAAUUGCACCUAUGCAACGGACAUGGGAACAGUGCUGAGGCUUCUGUUGUAACUGCAACUGCUGCAUCCAAGCCUGCAUCCGUUUCAGCUCCUGCCACAACAGCGACUGUGCAAAUGAAUGGGCAUGGCAAUAAAAGUGCUUCCAGCAAUAACAAUCACAUUAACAACAACAAUAAUAACAACAACAUUUGCAGUAGCAGCAACCGAAACAAUCACAACAACAAUGAUUUAAGUAAAAUCAGCAAAAACAACAACAAUAGCAAAAGCAGCCACGGCAAGGCGAAAAACAAUAACAAACAAGCCGCCAAGUCAAGCCACGAGCAAAACUGCCAUAACCGAACAACAGCAACACCAGCCGUAUCAGGGUCAUCAGAAGUAGAAUCGGAAGCAUCAGCAACUGCCGCUGCCACACCAGUAAGAAGCACAGCGACUACAGCCACAAGUAAGAGCACUGCCAAUACACAAACAACCACAGCAACAACCACAAAGACAACAGCGAAGGCGACAACAGCGACGGGGAGCAUCACAUCGGAUGACACGCCCACCACAUCAGCAGCGGCAGCAGCUGCCAGAGCCAAACAGGAGCCACUCACUACAACACCAUCACCACCCACAAGCCAGGCCACUGAGACGCCAUCGACUGCUAUGGAAUCGUCCCCGCUUGCUAUUGCAGCUGACGAAAUUGUCUACAAGGAAUUCGAAGCUGAACAUCAGAUGCAUGACAUCAUGCGCCUAAUACAGGCCGAGCUUUCCGAACCAUAUUCAAUAUACACUUAUCGCUACUUUAUAUACAAUUGGCCAAAUUUAUGUUUCCUAGCUGCGCACGAGAAUCAGUAUGUCGGCGCUAUUGUAUGCAAGCUGGACAUGCAUAUGAAUGUGCGUCGCGGCUAUAUAGCCAUGUUGGCGGUGCGAAAGGAGUAUCGUAAGCUCAAAAUCGGCACCACGCUCGUCACGAAGGCCAUCGAGGCCAUGCUGGCGGACAAUGCUGACGAAGUGGUGCUAGAAACGGAAAUGCGCAAUGAGCCGGCGCUGCGUUUGUACGAAAAUUUGGGCUUUGUGCGUGAUAAGCGACUAUUUCGUUACUAUCUCAAUGGCGUGGACGCCCUACGCCUUAAACUGUGGUUCAGAUGAGUCCGACCGCCUGCUGUUGAAAUUGUUGUUUAGGAAUUGCCGCCGCUGGAGUUGUAGCCUGAGUUGUUGUGUGCCGUCGCCACUGUCUCUGCCAAUUAAUAAGUUGAUACAUACAAAAGAACCCCAAUAUGUGUUUUUUUUAUUAUUAUUUUUUAUUUAUAAAUAUUUAAGAUUUAAAACUGCACUGUGUACCAACUAUUUUCUGUUCUUUGUCCUCUGAAAAUUGUCAACCUUUGGCAAAUGGCAAACUUUUUUGUACCUACCAUCUAGGGCACUAUUCCCUAAAUGUUAAUUAGUAAUGUAAUCCAACUUUUUAUUAUUGCUAUUUUUAUUUUAUGCUUUCCUUCAAGCAAACGCAUUGCGACAAACACACACACACAUACACAAAAAGCAACAAUAACAAUUAAGCGAAAGGGAAAAAGAAAGAAGACAGACACAAACAAAUGAUACAUAUGCAAUUUUGUAUGCAAUACGUGAUUUACAUACAUAAUACAUAAAUACCUAAAUGCAUAAGCCAGUAAUUAGUUAUGUACAUUAAAAAGUCCACAACAUGUAUAGAGAAACAAGCAACCACUAACUGAUACAUCAGAAAUGCGACAUACCGAUUAUGUAAUUGUACAACAUUUUGUAAACUAAAAGAACUCAAGCGGAAGAAUCAACAUUUAUAAUUACAUGCAUAAACACAGUAUGUCAAUGUAUAUCAAAUAAAUUGGAACAAACGGAAAGAUGGAUAAGAAAAGAAAACAAAUACUGAGACAUUUAUAUAGCGUUAUAAAUAUAUACAUAAAUGUAUAUUAAUAAUGUAUGUUAAAUAAAAUUGCGUGCUGAUCAACCACAUUUAAAAUGAAAAGAGGGAAAAGAGAGGGAGGAGAAGACGAAAAACGAAACUAGUUAAAAAUGUAACGCAAUUAUUGUACAACCUGUUCUCUUUUUCUAUUGUCUAUGUAUAUUUAAAUUUCGAAUGCGCCUUUUCUUAUCAUAAGGUCCGCAUCUCACGCAACAAAGGCGCAUUGUUAGAGAGAAGACUUUGCGGCAAAUAUAUUUAAAACAAAAAACACAAAUAUAAUUAUAUGUCAACUGAAAUAAAUUGAAUUGUGAAUUGAGUCCGAUUGCAAAGGAUAUCUCGAAAUUGAAUAGAAUAAUCAAAUUCCCUGGUAAUUGUUUUU